ACCCGUUCUAAUUGGGGCAGUUAAGAAAAACAGUUACAAAAAUCAUGCCAUUGCCAUUUAAGCAUAUAAAGACCAAACCACCGCCAAGUUCACAUAAUCCAUCCCUCUGCCCGUUCCCCAUUUUUGCCCUAUCCCGACCUUGAGGAAGAAGCCUAAAAAAAAUCAAAGCCAUUUAUAGUGAGAUUAAUUAACAAUAAUGGCUGAAAAGCAUUUGGUUUCUUUCUCAUUCGUCUUUCUCGCCGUCGCUGUCUUCGCCGGCCAAGCUCACGGAUCCACCAUCUGCGACAAAUCUGAUUACCCUGCACUCUGCCGGUCUGCCGUGAAAGGUGCCUCCGAUCCGGAAUCCGCCUUGAAGGCCGCCAUCGAACACCUCAUUUCCGAAACAAAUCACGCGAAAGAAUCGAGCCAGACGGUCGGCAAUUUGAAAUCUCUAAGCGUAUGCAAACAGAACUUCAAGGACGCGGUUGACGAUCUGCAGAAAAGUCUGCAGCAUUUGAAGAACUACGAUCUUCCGAGCCUGAAAAUCAGCCUCUCCGGAGCAUUGACUGACUACUCCACGUGCGACGAUGCGGUGGUGGACAACGGCGACGAGAAGAAAGCUUUAGGCGUUCUGAGCACCGACGCUCUGCUGGAACGUUUGGCUAGCAAUUGCUUGUACUUGGCUUCUUUGUUGAGGUUGAAGUAAUUUUCCAAUGGCUUAAGUUAAUUAUAGGAAGAGGAAUGGGCGAAUAAUUAAGGGAGGCGUGGCCGGACCGAUGUGUCGUUUUGCUCUCAAAUUAUUUCGAUUUGUCGUGUUAUAAUAAUCCAAAACGGCCAUAACCAAAUAAAAUUACACAAUUAUAUUUUCAAAUGUCUUAUAUGCUACCAACAUGACCAUACUUUCACGUCCGAUCUAAAAUUCUAGGUAAGUAGUCACCAAUAUAGAUUAAAUCCAUAAACUCGUUUAAGGUCAUGUCCCUUCUUUAUUGUCCGAC